AUGAUCGGAUUCAUUAAAAAAUACAUCGUGUAUAGGUUUGGAAUUCCUGAAACCAUUACUAUAGAUAAAGGUUCAGUUUUUAUGGGUCAAAAGAUGCAAGAAUUUGCUGCUGAAACAUUAUUCAAGUUGGUUACUUCCACACAUUACUACGCUCAAGCAAAUGGCCAAGUCGAGGCAGCCAACAAAGUGAUAAUUGGUUUAAUAAAAAAAAUUGUUGCCAAGAAACGUAAGAAUUGGCAUAAAACAUUAGACCGAAUUUUAUGGGCUUGUCGAACAUCCCCAAAGGAGGAAACUAAGUCAACGCCUUUUCGUUUGACAUUUGGGCAUGAUGCUGUGUUGCCAACAAAUAUUUGUUUACAAUCAGUUAGGUUGAAACGAAAAAACGAAAUUCUGUCAAAACAAUAUUGGAGACUGAUGUUCGACGGAAUAAUUGAUUUAGACGAAGAAAGGUUGACUGCAGUAGACAUGUUGAUACGACAAAAAGCACAUGUGGCCAAAACGUAA